AAAAUAUAUAUGUGUUCUCCAUGACCCUUUCUUUUGCGUCUUGGGAUUCAUGAAUGUCAAAUUUCAAAACCGCUGGUCUUUUCAAUUCAAUAAAAAGAGCAAAAAAAAAACAGAAGAGACUUGGUUUCAGUUCAGAUCUGUCCGAUGCAGCACGUGAUUCGGUUCAAAUGUCACGUGCCAGUUCGGUAAGCGAGAACCCAAACCUUUGAUCCAGAAUAUUCGGUGGUGCUUGUUUAUUAUCCUGUGUGAGAAUAUUUUCCAAAAACAUUCUGGAUAUUCUACUUGCGAACUCAUUUCACUAAAGUACGUAAAAAAAUAUUACUGUAUUUUAUAUUUAUUAAAAAAUAAAACUGCAGCAUUCCCACAUUGCCUUACGUAAAUAAUAAUUCAUGCAUAGCUAAGAUUUGGAUAACUUUCGCCUUUUAGAUUUCUAUGAGAACCAAUAUGCAAAAGGGCGAAUAUAUAUACUAUAUACUAUAUAUAUAUAUAUAUGCAAAAGGGUUUUGUGAUUUGAUAUUUUUAAAAUCCAUUCUUGUGAAUUUGUAUUGAUGUGUUGUACAUUUAAGAACUUUAUUAUCUGUUUCAAAUGUUCGCUUGAAUCAAUGAGAAAGCGGUUUCUAGUACACAUAUUCAAUUAUUGGAGUCCAAAAAUCCAUUUUAGAAACGGGAAAAAAAAUUAAAAUGGUGGAUUGGAAUAUACAUAUAUAUAUAUCAACGAGAUGAUAACUCCAAUCGGUUGAAGAACACGAGGGUCCCACAUUUGGGGGGUCGGAUAAGACAUCGAGACCAAAACAAAGAAACCACGUGUUCGUCUAAUCUUCCACGCGGCGGCCUUUUCAUGCGUCGGAUUUCCGGCACGUGGGGCCCACGCGCUCUCUAAAUAAUUCUCUAAUCACCUUAAUUUAUUACAAUGAGAGAUUUAUUUAAUCCAUUUAAUAUCGGUCAAGAAUGUAUAGAAGAAAAAAAAAUAUUCAUUUUUUUGAGGUUCAUCCAACCAUGUCAAACCAUUAAAUCUGAAUAAGCUUUGCUUGGUAAAUAUUCUAAACAUACUUAUAUCUUACGAAGUAUAUUCACAACUCAAUAUCUUUUUUUUAAAAAAAGGCUUUGUAUUUAUUGAAUACAUUUUUCAAACGAAACGGAAGAUCUAUAUAUAUAGUUCUGUCUCGAACAAAGAUUUAUUGCUCUUUACAAAAAAGGUAGAAACAAAUACGGUAUCAACAAAAAUAUUGAAUUCGUAUUCGAUCGUUUUCCUCUAAAUGAACAUGUUUUGCAACAUUUAAAGAGAGAGAUAUAUUCGAUUUUCAUUUUCCGGAAAAAGUCGUAUAAUUAAUUUAGAGAGACAAGUUUUGAUUAUAUAUACUGCUACCUAAUUUUGAUCCAUUGCAUCAGGUAACAGGUAAAAGGCAUACGAUACUAAUUACCAUCCGUAUCUAGACCUAAUCACCUUACAGGUUCUGGAUAUUUAAACAUGAUUAAUAUAAAUCUGAUUACAAAUAACCUUAUGUUGUUGGUCGCAAAUAGUAAUUGAAAAAAAAAGAAUAAUUCGAGUAUAUCCGAAAGGGAGAUGCAGAGGUCUCGUGAUUAGUCAUGCUGACAUGGAAACAAGCUGUCCUGCCCAUCAUUCAUCCAAAGAUCCUACUCAUUUACCAAUCAUAAUCAGCCACGUCAUCACUCCGCUUGUUCGCGGCGCCCUGCAUCUGUUCUCCCCAUCACACGGAAAAAAAUAGUUUUCCUCUUUCUACUACAUUUUCCUGAGAUAGGAGGAUGGAUCGGCAGAAUUCCGAUGACAUCAUGAGAUUUCUCGACGGAAUGGCGAGCUCCGACGAUGUCCUCUUCGGAUUUCUAGACGACGGUAACAAUUCGCCGGAUAAUUACCGGGAUUCCGGCAACCCUGGCGGCGGCGACGACGACGACGACGAAGAUGACGACGGCUGCACUUCUGAAGAGAGCAAGGCUUUCUGGCAGGAACAAGAGCAGCUUCUCCAGGCGACGAUGUACAGGACAAACGCCGUCGAAACGAAAAUCAGACACGCGACGAAAGAGGCGUUGAACGAAGUAAACUCCUCCGGUCAGAAAUGUUUGUGCCGGAGACCGGUGGCCGGAGGCUGUCGGAUUUGCUUACGCCGGGAAGUUGCUGUCCAUCUACGAAAUGCCGGCUACGAUUGCGUCGCCUGUAAAUCUAAAUGGAGAAGUUCUCACGAUAUCCCCGCAGGUGAGCAUGAAUACCUUGAGAUAGUAGAUCAAACGACGGGUUCGAGAAAAGGGGAGAUCAGGGUGGUGAUAGAGCUGUCGUUCAGGGCGGAGUUCGAGAUGGCCAGAGCCUGCGAUGAAUACAAACGACUCAUCAGCCGUUUGCCGGAAGUAUACGUCGGCAAGGCGGAGAGACUCCGAUCUCUGGUCAAGAUUCUGUGCUCCGCCGCCAAAACAUGCAUGAGACAGAAGAAGAUGCACAUAGGCCCUUGGAGGAAACAAAGGUACAUGCAGGCCAAGUGGUUGGGCGCUUCCGAUACACGCGCCGUCGUGCCGGAUACCUCGCCGGAGCCGGCAUCGGAUGAUCGGAUGCCGGCCAAGCCUAACAGGGUUUCCAUGCUCAAUCUUGGUUUGGUAGCCGGUCCGACCGCCGUAGCGGUUGUGUAGUUUGAUUACAAUAUAGUAAAAAUCGGAGUUAAUUCAUCAAAUUAAUUAGGAGAGUGAAAACGUGGGCGAGGGCCAUAUGUAAUGAGGUGAAGAUUGGGGGUUUGAUGUGUCGCCGGAAAUUGUAAUUAGAGGCGGACUGUAGCUUCUGCCGACGCCGUCUCCGGGGGAGUACUUUAGUGUUGCGUUGUGCGAUCAUCAUCGUCAAUGGAUGCGGAUAAAGAGUUUGUAUAAGAUUGAGGUGGUUUGAAUAUGAUAGUAAUGGUGUAACCGAAGGUGGCCAUUUCGAAUUUUUUUCAGAUAGAUUCGAUUCGGUUA